GGUGUGGCAUUCACCACGUACUGUCGUACCACUGGUCGGUGCCUAGAUUUUCUUCCAUUCUUAAAUCCCAUAAAGCUUAAAUAAACACACAAACUAUUUCCCAAUUCCACCAAUUUCCCAUUUCCUCACUCCCAAUUCCCGAUUAUGCACUCCUUCGCCGCCGCCUGGUCCGGCGUUCCCGCCGCUACCAAACCCCUUUGCUAUUCCUGCAAGUCCGCCACCGCUGUUCUCUUCUGCCGACACGACACUGCCUUCCUCUGUCUCCGCUGUGAUGCUCAAAUCCACACCCUCUCCGGCACCCGACACCCACGUGUCUGGCUUUGCGAGGUCUGUGAGCAAGCUCCGGCCACCAUCACCUGCAACGCCGACGCCGCUGCUCUCUGCACUUCCUGCGAUGCUGACAUCCACUCUGUUAAUCCCCUCGCUCGUCGCCAUGACCGCUCUGCUAUUCAACCCUUCUACGAUUCGCCUCCGUCUUCCUCUGUCGCUUCUGUCUUUAAGUUCCUUAUUCCGACUCAACACCAACACGACGCUGUUCAACCUGAUUUGAAAUCAGAGGACAUUUUCUUCUCCGAUAUGGAUUCGUUGAUUGAUUUCGAUUACCCGACUGCUGGUGAUGGUGUUGUUCCUGAACAAUCCAAUCCAGGAACGGAGUCCACUACGCCACCCACUGAUUACUCUACUAGAAAUUUAUCCGGGUUCCAGCUCUGUAGUACUCGAUCUAAACCUGAUGCCAUGAGCUACCCAUCUCAGAAUCUUAGCCAUAGUGUUUCUUCAUCUUCUUUAGACGUGGGAGUUGUGCCGGAUCGGAACACGGCCUCCGACGCGUCGUUUCCGAUGGGGCAGCUGGCGGAGAAGGCGGUUCAAUUGCGGGGGAUGGACCGGGAGGCGAGGGUGUUGAGGUACAGAGAGAAGAAGAAAAAUCGGAAAUUUGAGAAGACGAUUCGUUAUGCUUCGAGGAAAGCUUAUGCUGAAAUUCGGCCGAGGGUUAAAGGGAGGUUCGUUAAACGGAGUGAAACGAACUGUGAAAUAGAGAGAUUCUACGGCAGCGCCGGCGUGGGGUUCAUGGUAGGGGAUGGGCAAUACGGCGUUGUUCCGAGCCUUAGAGUUUGAGGAGGGAAGUGAGGCCUCUGACGGGAAUUUGAGAGAUCCUGUUUGUUGGUUUUUAUUAAACCUUCAGGGUCUAAUUUGGGAUUUAAUUCCUAUGUCAUUUUAAAUAAUUUUCGAAUAAAAUAAUUGAUUAAGUGGGUGACUGAAA